AUGACUGUGAUCGACAUUCUGACUAGAGUUGACUCGAUCUGUAAGAAGUACGACAAGUACGAUGUCGACAAACAGCGGGAGGCCAAUAUCUCCGGUGAUGAUGCGUUUGCUCGCCUCUAUGGCGCUUUUGAGACCCAAAUCGAGACUGCUCUCGAGAAAGCUGAACUUGUUACAAAGGAGAAGAAUAGGGCUUCUGCUGUUGCAAUGAAUGCUGAGAUCCGCCGGACCAAAGCUCGAUUGUCCGAGGAAGUUCCUAAGCUGCAGAGACUUGCUGUCAAGCGGGUUAAAGGCCUUACAACCGAAGAGCUUGCGGCGAGAAAUGAUUUGGUGCUUGCACUUCCGGCCAGGAUUGAAGCCAUUCCUGAUGGGACAGCAGGUGGUCCUAAAAGCACUAGUGCUUGGGCUCCCUCAACAACAUCUCGUCCUGAUAUCAAAUUUGAUUCAGAUGGGCGUUUUGAUGAUGAUUACUUUCAAGAAUCACAUGAGUCCAGUCAAUUCAGGCAGGAGUAUGAGAUGCGGAAAAUGAAGCAGGAACAAGGUCUGGACAUGAUCUCUGAAGGUUUAGAUGCUUUGAAGAACAUGGCGUCUGAUAUGAACGAGGAACUGGAUAGGCAAGUUCCUCUGAUGGAUGAAAUCGACACAAAGGUGGACAGAGCAACCUCGGAUCUAAAGAACACCAAUGUUAGACUUAAAGAUACCGUCAACCAGCUGAGAUCAAGCCGGAACUUCUGCAUCGAUAUUGUUUUGCUGUGUAUUGUCCUGGGUAUCGCUGCCUACUUGUACAACGUACUGAAGUGAUGAGAUGAACACCAAAGGACCCAUCAGUACUCUCUCUCUCUCGCUAUUGCUCUCUGCUAUUACUGCGUUUUACCCGAGUCAGUGUGUGUGCUUGUUUGUUGCUGUAUUUGUGUGAUCAGUUUACUGAGAGUUUCUUCGAACUGUUGAUCUUUCUUCCUGCAUUGAGUUAUUUUCAUGUUGUUCGUGUCCAUUCAUGGUGAAUAUAUCUUAUAUUAAAAUUACAAAAUUUAUGUCU